AUGUGUUUCAGCUCCCGCUCAGAUGACAACUACCCCCCUCCACGUCCUCACGGACACUACGACCCCCCCGCGAAGUACAAAAAUCGCAGAAAGGCCCAAAAGAAAAAGGGCAAAAGACGUGGAAACGAAAUGACCACAGGGGUCGCGGCCGCUAUUGCCAGUGGAGGUGGAGGUGAUGGCGGCGGCGGCGGCGGAGGUGGAUUCUGA